AUGACUUCAUUCAUUGGUAUCCUUUUACUUGUACAUACCUUAUAUAUGUCACAAAAUCAUUCUCCUUCUAAAGAAACCCAUUAUAGGUACUCUACCUAAAGGCUUGUAUUUUAGACAAUGCAACAUCCCAAGACAAGAGGUGGAACUACAGGAUCCGGCACAAAACCCAAGAACCUGGUACCAAAACCCGUUGACCACCGGCGCGCUCCGACAUCCGAGUUACAGAAAAAACGUGUAACGAAAGCACCCGAAUUGGAAACUCAAAUAGCUCGGCUUCAAGAAGAGCUCAAGAAAACAAAGAGCCAGCUGAUUGAAGCCGAGUCAUGUACAAAACAAGCUCGACAUGAAGCCGAUGAAGCCAAGAAAGAACUCGCGGCUAUGACCGCGAAACUCGAUGACUUAUGGGCUUGUGAGGAGUCUAAAAUUCAAGAACUCCGGAAAAUAUCGCAGGACCGGGAUCGAGCCUGGGAGGCUGAGCUGAAAGCCGUGCAGAAACAUUUAGCCACGGCUAUAAAUGAGAACCAGAAGCUCAACACUCGGCUUGAAAGAGCGGCUGAAGCCGAAGCUGUGCAGGCUAAGCAAGCUGAAUUGGUUAAUGAGGUUAUAAGUCUAAGAUUGCAGCUUUCGGAAUCUGUUAACGCGGUUGAAGAGGUUAAGAUUCGGUUAAACGAAUCAAAAGAAGCCGAAUCGCGAGCGGUAGAACGACUGGAAUCGGUGAAAUCGAGCAUGGAGGAGGAAGCCAGAAAGGCGGAGGCGGUGUGGGUGGAGGAGCUGGGGGCCACUCGGGCCGCAAACACAGAGAUGGAAAAUGAAUUACGGCGGUUGAAAGUGCAAAUGGAGCAGUGGAGGAAGGCGGCGGAGGUGGCGGCCACGAUGGUUUUGGGUGAAGUUGGCUGCAACGGGAAGUUUGAAGAGUCAUCCGACUCAUUCGAGUUUAACGCAAUUGCCGAAAAGUCGAAUUCGGGUUAUUUGGAAUAUACAGAAGAUGAAGCAUCGAUCAAGAAAACUAGCAACAUGUUGAAGAAAUUCGGGGUGUUGUUAAAAAUAGGCCAAAAGUAAUUUUUUGUAUGAUAUUGCAUUUGUUUAGUUUAAUAAUCAAUGGAUAUAAACCGUUAGGAAAUUGCAUUUACAUUUUCGUAAGUAAAUAUGGGUGUUCAUGGUUUGAUUUGAAAUCAUGAAACUCAUAAAUGUUGAUCUUAUAUUUUUUAGAGUUAAAGUUCGUUUUUAAUCUCUGAGAUUUGGCUAA